AUGUAUUAUCUGUGGACUGUGUGGACUGAUUUGAAUACAUGUGAACCCAUUUUUCCUAUCACAUCAGUUUUUUCUCCAUAUUUGAGUGCAACUUUUUACUUUUUUCUUUACCUUAUUUUUAUACGAUUCUCCUCUCUUUCAUAUUUUUCCUAUUGUCCUUCCCUCUUUUCAUUUCCACUCAGCUUUAUUUUUACUUUUUCUCCCUCUUUACAGACUUCAUUUCUUUCACAUUUUUUUCUCUCAAUAUGUAGCCUAUUACUGUUUUCUUAUUUUCUCUCAUUUCACUCUACUUCAUAUUUGCCACUAUCUAAUUCAUCUAGUCAUUAUUGCUCAUCAAUAUUAUUUUUUAUUUCUUCACCUUCUCUUUCUUACACUUUCCUCAUUCUUUUUCUUCACCUUUUAACUGCUUCAUUUUUCUUUUUCAGUUCUUUCUUUUUUUCUUCUUUGUCAUAUUCUCCAUUUGUUUCUCUUUUCUUUUGUAUUCUUUCUUUCUUUCUUGUUCCCUGUUUCACUGUCUUCAUGAUUUUUUUCUCUUGCCUAUCUUGUCCUUCUUAUUUCUCUUUUCUUCAUUUUGUUUACUCUACUCUUUCUUAA